AUAAAGAUUAUAGUAGACUCCGGAGAUUGUUCGUGUGUCAAAGUUGGAGGCCGGACGCUUGAACGGCUACGUUUGCUCCUUCAACAUCUUUUGCUCGACUUCUCGUUCAUAUCGCUUUUCUGGAGAGGUACGAACCUCAGGUCAACUAGAAUUUAAUGAUAUAUGGAUCUUGGCCCAUUAAGAGAAUCUCUAGGAGAAUCUCCGAAUCAACAUUGAGGGUUGUUGGUUUGUUAAAAUAGUGGGAAAUAAUUAAUUAAAGGCCUAAUUAAUUAUUCAACAUGAUAGUUACCUAGUUUGCAAUUUCAUUCUGUAGAUGGCAUCAAAUAACACAUACAGUCAUUCCAUCAACCUGCGGCAUGUCCUCGAGAGCCAAAAACUCUCUGGGGAAAACUUUCUUGACUGGGAGAAGAACCUACGAAUCGUUCUUGACUGUGAGAGGAAACUUUACAUCCUCGAAACGGAUCCUCCCAAGACCCCUAAGGCAAAUGCUCGUGCGUCCGAACUCACUUCCUUCAAGAAGUAUGAGGACGACGCGCGAGAUGUUAAGUGUAUCAUUAUGGCAAACUUAGACGCCACUGUUUAUAACGUAGAUGUUAAGAGAAGCAAACCAAACAGUUUGAAUAUCACAUACCUUUGGCAUUGUCGUUUGGGCCACAUUAGCGAGAAACGCAUAUCUAAGUUACGUCACUCUGGCGUACUUGAUUCAUUUGACCUCGAGUCUUAUGAUGUAUGCCAAUCUUGUUUACUCGGUAAAAUGACAAAGGCUCCAUUCACCGGUCACGGUGAAAGGGCGAGUGAUGUAUUAGGCCUCAUACACUCUGAUGUAUGUGGCCCAAUCAACACUGAAGCUAGAGGUGGUUUCUCAUACUUCGUAACAUUUACUGAUGACCUCAGUCGGUAUGGAUAUGUGUAUCUCAUGAAACACAAAUCGGAAUGCUUUGACAAGUUCAAAGAAUUCAGAAACGAAGCUGUUGAGAGCACACCAUACGAGCUAUGGCGUGGGACAAAACCAAAUUUGUCGUACUUGAGGAUUUGGGGUUGUGAUGUUUACGUUAGACGCCUCAUGACAUCUAGUAAGCUGGAUUCCAAAUCUGACAGGUGUAAAUUUGUGGGAUACCCCAAUGAAACGAAAGGGUAUGAGUUCUAUAAUCCGACCGAUAACAAAAUCUUUGUUGCUCGGAACAGAACUUUUCUUGAGAAGGAGUUUCUCUCUGCUAUUUCUAGUGGGAGAAAGGUAGACCUCGAAGAAAUUCGAGAACCACAAGAAGAGAUCUCAAUAGCUGUGGAACCUGAACGUCAAGAUAUAGUAUCUCGACCAGCUCAGGUUUUACCACGUAGGUCAGAUCGGAUGCGUAAUCCUCCGGUUAGAUACGGGUUCCUUGUAUCUGAUGAAGGCGACGUCUUGCUGGUAGACCAAGGCGAAUCUGAGACCUACCUCAAGGCAAUCACGUGCCCCGAAUCCGAACAAUGGCUUAAUGCCAUGAAAUCCGAAAUGGAGUCUAUGUACACAAACCAAACUUGGUUGAGCGAGAACUUCGCCAUGAAGGACUUGGGGAAUGCUAGUUAUGCCCUUGGCAUAAGAAUCUACCGUGAUAGGUCAAGAAAGUUGAUAGGUCUAUGUCAAAACUUGAAGUAUUACGUUCUUCGAAUGUGUACCCAGGCUUUGUAUUGGGCAUGCCGCUGCACAUAUUCAAAGACGUAGAUUACGUACAAAGAAUUUGUCACUGCUACUCAAGCAGAAUAAUGUCUUGUAGGGGCCCACUGAUAAGUAUGACUGAAGAAAUGCAUGGCCAUGCUGAGAUGAGUUUAGACAUCUGUUCUCAUCAGUCAGACUUGUUAAUCAGUAAAUAACUUAAUGGCUACAAGUUGGAUAUUUUAUAUCCCUUGCACUAAGUUAAGACAUUGG